AAGAGGACAGAGAGCUGUGUAUAAGCUCUGAGAUUUCGCAGACUGUCGUAAACUAAACUUCAGUCGUCUAUAGCUUGGGAACGAAACCACAACAACAAUGAUGACGCCCCACUUAGGGUUUUAGUGACUCAUUACGCUUGUAAAAGUGACUUUAGCAAUGAAGAAAUGAUCCUUAGGGAUUUAUUUGUUCUCCUGCAUCUAUUCAAAGGUGUAUAUGGUAGUAUCUUGGACCAUAUCCCCCAUGAUGUGAUUACUCGCUAUGUUGAUGUAGAAGACGAUGUAACUCUCCAAUGUGACCAUGGUUCUAACAUUUCUGUCGUUUGGCUUAGUGACGGACCACACAAUAACGUUGGAAGACAAGUACACACAGAUGGGUCAUUAUAUUUGCCCAAUGUCACACGGCAGAUGACUGGAUAUUACAUUUGCCGCCAGGAGUUUGAAGAAAGACUUCUUUCAUCCUAUAAUUUGAUAGUCAGAGGACCUCCUGAUCCUCCACAAAAUGUUACUGUCCAUGCAUUGACUGUAAUUGCCAUUGUCAAAUGGCAUUUGCACCUGGACGAUGAUUGGGAAGACUCCUUAGAAGGACCAAAGACAACAUUGCAGCUCAGAUAUCGACGACUUCCUUCCAGCCAGUGGUUGCAUCUUCCUCACCAUAUUGCUCCCAAUCAGAAUCAAGUUGAUAUAUAUCAUCUUCAGCCAAAUAGUACUUAUGAGUUUCAACUUUGGACCAAAAAUAGUUAUGGUGUCAGUGAUAUUGUUUCUGUCAAUGGUACUACUCUUCACGAUGUAGCAGAAAUUGAGUUAGCAAGGAUGCUAGAGGAAAACAUGGAAGGAUUUAGUCCUCAAGUGUGGAUUGUGGCUGUUGUCAUUGUCAUGGGUGUGAUAACUGUCUCAGGUCUCUAUCUUCUUGUGGACCAUUGUCAGCAGCACAGGUUUGGUAAAUCAGAUGUAGAUUGUUCUGAGGGAAUUGAACUUGUGCCAAACAUUAUUGAAAAUCCAGGUUAUCAGAAUAGUCAUGGAGACCCCAACAACCAUCUUGAGGCAGCAAUACACGAAAGUCUCCUUAUGUCCCCUACAGCUUCUUGUAGUCGGACAGCUCUGGUAUGAUGCUGUUGUUUGAUGCUGCCAUGUUGAGGCUGUUCUAUCUGUUUGUUUAUUUGUAUGUGUGUUUACAUAUUUGUUAAUGUGUUGUAAGUUUUUCAGGACAGUUUCUUUUAUAAAGGAAAGUUCUUUAGUACAAGGUUGUAACAGUGUGCCAGAGGAUUAGUGAGUGAAUGCAUAAUUUAAUGCAGUUUAUGACAAAAGUAUCUGAUUUUGAUGUAAAGUUAUUCCAAGUAUGGCAGUAAACAAAUAUUAUCUGAAUUACUUAUGUUACUACCAACUACUGCAGUAUGUAGUGUACAUGAAAUUUCUGGGAUAAGACAUAGACUGUAGUUGGAGGUGCAAUCAAGACAAGACAGUGAAUUAUAGUAAAUUUUGAUGAAUACAAGUUUCUGAGAAUAUUCUUUCACUUUCAAAAUUGUUGGCUUAACAGCCUAUAUCUCAGAUUAGUACAUGAUUUUUGGGACUCUAUCAGCACAAAAUAAUAUGGGAAAAAGUCUGGUUUUUCACUAAAUGUAAGGGUCUUUUCAAAUAUAUUUCACUUUUGCUUAGUAAGUUGCUGUCGUAGUAUUGGGAAAUCUCUAAAUAAUUUUAUCUUGCACAGCUAUUACAAUUUCACUUAUGAAGCAACUUUAAAGGGAAAAAGGAGUUUUCUAAUAAACAAACUUUGCUAUGUGCACUUGCUCAAAAGCAAUGUAAUCAUUGCUUCAACUGCUGAUUGCACAAAACUUCUAUGCUUUUGUAGUUUACGCAUCAGAAACUUGUCACAUCACGUCUUGUACAAAAACUUUGUGUAAUUACUAAUAGAACCUCAUCCUCAGAAAUUUAAAGAAAUUAACAAUUUUAGGAAAAGUGAUUGAAACUACAUCUUGGCAUUGCUGACACUCAGUUAAUGAAAUAAUACUAAUAUUUAUAAUUUGUUGAUGUUAGUCCAGGAAAGAUUACACCUCUCCAGAUGUACAACAGGUGAUCAAUUAAAAUUUCAGGAAACUAGUCACCUUUGCAAGAGCUAUUAUGAGGUAUCAUUUAUUUCUCCUUUAAUGGUUGUAAUAGGUUUCCAACCUCAAGCAUAAGUUUAUUACACUUUCAUUAUUAGGGAUUUAUCAGAGAAAAGAAAAAGAAAUUUGGUUUGCUGUGAGUAUGAGCACCAUGCAAAAAAUUUGAUUUAUUCCUACUGCAAGGUAUUUGGUAUGCUGUACUUCUCUCUGAGUAGUGUGAUUUUAGUUUAUGGGUUCUCUUGUGUUUGAAGUGCUCAGAUGCCUUUUUUCACAUUUUAGAAAAAUACAAAAUCUAUAAAAUUAAUUUAGUAAGAUAAGACUAGUUAUUAGACAGGUAUGGUAUGACUUUUUAUUUGAUUUUAGAGAAUAAGCUUUUUAUCAUCAUCUUAUGGAUUGCCUCUCUUAUCUUAUUGUUUACUUUUAUUCUAGUCACUUAGAGUAUAUCUCACUUUUGUUUCCCCACUGUGUCAUUAGCUACUUUUAAGAGGAAGGUGAUUGUUAGAGUAGCUCUCUAGUAGGAUAAUGGGAAUUCAAUCAGCAGUUUAUACUUAUGAUUUUCUGGAGGUGAACAGGUUCUUUCAUGAAGGGUUUUAGAAGUCCUGAGACAUUAAUGGGGUUUCCAUGUAGCUUGAUAAACUUGUAUGAUGUUUAUACAUUUCAUUGUUGACUUUUACAGUACUGUAACUAUUAAACCGUAUAUUAAAGUAUCAAGGUGUAAACUUGUGGAUUGAAUUGAUUUACAAGUUGUCGUAAGAUUUGGUGUAGGAAAAAUAAGUAGUAUUGCCAAGUGCCACGAAUCAUUUUUUACCAUGCUAGUCAAAUUCAUAGGUCUCUUAUACCAUAGCUUAGGUGGUGCAUCAGAGGCCUAAGUUGAUGUAUGGCAACUCUUCUGUUAAACUCAGGGACCUUUGAUUAUGCAGGAAAUGAUAGUACUGCAUAGAUAUUUGUCAGGUCAUCUUCUGCUCUCUUUUAGUGUAUUGAAAGCUUUUGAGAUUGAUUAAGCUCAAAAGUUUAGUGGGAAAGGGAAGUAAGACAUUUACUUUAACGAAGUGCAAAGAUUAUUUAGUAUUUGUUAGUGAAAUGUGAUUCAAUAUAUGUUAGUGAAAUGUGAUUCAGAAUAAGUAUUAGUUGAAGAUAUAAAAUGUGGCUUACUAAACUUCUUGGAAUGUAUUAAAGUAAAUGUAACUACUACUGUAAAGUGAUGAGAAUUGCUGUUAAAGUCAAAUGUCAUUGAAGACAUGUGUCGUAAUUUGUUGUUCAUUGAAAGAAAUUAUCAGGAGUAGAUUAAAACCUAGUUAUUUACUAGAAACAGGUUUGGGCUUUGGCUUUGUGAGUGAAUAAUUGAAACAGAUGCUUUUGUUGCUUUCUAGGCCUAUGAUAACAGUUGCUCUGGUGCAUUAGCUUAGCCCUCUGAUGAGCUAACUCUUUUGGUAAACUACGAGAUCUGUGAUGGUCAUACAUGCCUUGCUUUGUAAGUGCUUUUGAUGUUAUGUAAUGCAGUAUAGCAUUGUAGUUUGACUGCUCUUGGCACUCGGUCAAGAGUUUGUGAAGAUGCAUAGUUGUGGAUUGUUUGCAUAUUUUUUGUAUGCUGUGUCUUGAAUCUGGCUAGGUUUAAGUGAAUGUCGGAGAUUGUCAUCAGUCGCUUGUAAGGAUCAGUCAGCUAGAUAUUAUUUUGUAAGUUUCAUAUGUUUACAAUUAUGCUGUGCGUUUGAGACGCACAUAUCAUAAGGCUGUCAAGAUUCCAUUUAGUGUUGUGACUCCUCUUUAGCAUGGCAUUGGAACUUUGUGUGAUGGUGUUUGGGAUCUGAAGUAUAGCAGCAAUUUUAGAACAUGGUCAAUGCUUGGUCAUUGACGUGAAGUUCAUAUUCAUUGUUCAUUCCAUUUAUAUUGAUUCAUUCCUUAUGGACAUGGAAGUCACAAGGUUUCAGACUUACUUGUGUUUUUAGUUUGAACAUAGAAAUUUUUAUUUAAAGUAUAAGCUUAUUGUUUUAUGCAGUUUCAUUCAUCUAUUUAUCAGCAGCACAGGGAAAUGGUUACCCAAGUCUUUAUGAUUAGUUUCUUGCAUUUAUGAGUGUUUCUGCUUUGUAAGUAGGUGCCUUUUUUGUUUUUGUUUUCAGUAUAUUGUAUUAGUGAUGAGUUGUGUCAGGCUUACUAAAUCAGGGUCAAAAUUUAAUUUCUGUAUCUUUAGUUUGGCUGUACACAGUCAUUGCUAUAUUUUGAAUUUGCUGUGAAACAAAUGCUUACUUUCUUGCCACUUUAUUCCUUUUCUUACCGAUGGAUAAUGGUCGCUAAAUAGGACAUUAGUGAUGCAGCUUCAUAUGAUAAGCCACAUCAUCUCUGAUCUACUGUUAUCAUUAAUGGAUUUUUCUAAUGGUUGUAAACCUCUAGUGAAAAGUGUCUCAAGCGCUGAGGCAUUGCCAUAUACUUGUGUUUAAUAGCUUGACUCCAAUAUGAUCUUUCAUCUGUGUAGGGAAGCAAGUGAUUGGUUAUGUGUCACCUUUUAUUUUUCUUAUUAGAAACUGUUGGGUAAGUUUUUAAUGUCCUUAAAUGGUGUUCGUUCUCAAUUUCUCUGUUUAUUCGCUUGCAUUCUGCUUUUAAUUUUGAUCAAAAUGUGGGUCUGAGUAGCUUCAUAGAGCAGUUUUAAAGACUAAGAUUUUUUAGCAUCUCACUGAAUACUUAUGAUACUUAGAUUGCAGACAUCAAUUAUUAGUGGUCUACAAUUCAUUGUAAUAUUGUGAUAGUAAUGUGAGUAUUCAUUUUGAACUCUUCAAAAGAGGAACAAAAAAAUAUAUAUAUACGUAUAUAUAUGUGUGAUUAAAAGUAAUUCUGGGGUUAAGGAAAGAAUGCAGACUGAUUUUAGUCAUAGAAGAUUUAGCUCUGAAAUGGGAUAAAUUAGUACUUUUAUUUGCCGACAGAACUGAGCAGUUUUUUUUUUUUUUUUUUUUUUUUUUUUUUUUUUUUUUUUUUUCAGAAUAGUAUACUAAUGUGUAUGGUACAUAGUACUGGAAAACAUGAUUGAAGAAUUUUUACAGGCAAAGCAUUACCAGUUGGUUGUAUAAGUAUAAAUUGAUAAUGAGAAUGCUUUACAUCUUCAAUGGAGAGUUUUAAGUGCAGAUACUAGAAUGUAGUGAUAAAUGCAUUUGUGUUCAAAGGACCUGUAUAGAACCUCUUGGUAAAUGCAACAGAAGCUCGCUGGUCACUGUCUGAAGUUUAGUACAAGCAUGUAGAAUAUUGUUCAGCAUACCUUUAGAGUGCAAGCUUGUAGAAUUUUGUGUGAAAUUUGAAGAUAAGAGCCUUCAAUUCCUAAAAUUAUGCCACUCACAUAAAGUUCUCUAGGCCUUUAUAAGUGCUACAUCAACAAGUCAAUAUUCUGCUAACUAGAGUACUCCCUUGUUUACUGCUGGAAGAUUGAAAUUAAGAGGUUGUAAUCAUUAGAAAGUUUGUUGCAUAAAUUAAUACAUAUCUUCCAUUUCGAUGAUUACAUUGAUGUUUAUUAAAAGUGGUUAUCUCACUGAUACCAAAUAAAGAAAGCAUGACAGCAAAUACAUGACUGAUUGAAUUAUCUGUUGUACAUGUAGAUGUGUUUUAUGGUUGCUGUAUUGAGUUAUGAGAACUUUUUUCUAAAAAAAAGAAAAAAAAACAAAUUUGACGUUGUCAAAGCUAGUUGCCAAAUUGAGUGUGCUACUGAAAGUCAAGAAGCAGAUAACAAGGGAUUACGUUACACAUUACUGAUUUAUACAUGGUUAGUUUUUAGAUGAGUUGAAGUUCCAUUAUAGUCUUCCCUGAUAUUUAUAUUUAUCAUGAAUAGCCAACUUUUGCAUUUCUCUCCAAGUCCAUAAUCUGUUGUGUAGUCAGGUUUUGGAAUCUCCUGUCCCUGAUAUUUUCAAGUCAAUUGAUGUACAGUACUUUGGUUAGGUGUAUAUUCCAUUCUUUCAGGAUAUGGUGAUACCAUACUUGUAUUUCAGGUUAUGGUGAUAACAUAUACAUUUUCAAUAAAUAGACUUUAUGUUGUUGUGACUGUCAUUUGGUGAUAAGUAAAUAUGCAUUAAUUUAGUAAUAAUUGAGGUAUGAAAUAACAUGCCAUGAGCUCCAUAGCUUUUUUUUAUUGAAUCUCAGUACUUGGUUGGUUUAACAGUAUUUAAUUUAGGCUCCAGAUUGGUUGGGAAUAUAGUCAUUGUAUUUUCUUUAUAUUAUGUACAUGAAAUAAAGAUAUUUCAUAU